ACUCAGAAUUGAAACCGUGUUUGAGUGUAAGUCUAAGUUUAUGACGAUUCCGAUUUACAAUGGAGAUACAAUAUAAAAAGCAAAUAUUUACACAUCAAGAACGACUGAUAUUUCUAGAAAUAUUGAAGAAUUACGUGAAAAUUGUGGAGCAUAAGGGAACUCAUACUGCCGCUUUAAAAGCUAAAAAUAAAGCAUGGCAGAGAAUUACAAUGGAAUUUAAUAUGAGUCCUUCCACAAAUUACACUAGAACAGCAAAACAAUUAAGAAGACUAUGGAUGAACUUGAAGCAUAGACAGAGAUACAUGAUCAGACGUCAGCAGGGUCGCUCCAUUACCAUACCAGGUCCCAAGGUGCUACAGAUAGCUCACGCCCUGUUGUCCAGUGUAGACUCUGGAGACCCGGAGACUGUCAUAGAAAACGUAAACAACGAUCUCUUGGUAGAAGCAGGAACAAGCAGAGCAGAAAGCGAAGAAACCUUUAACACUGGUGAUCAGGAGACACUACCAGAAACCUCAGUCAAAAUCGAAUCAUUACCAUCACCAACCCCAUCAUACGAAACAGAAUGUGAAAAUUCAACAAUAACACCUAGUAAUAAUGCGCAGAAUUCUUUUAAAGAAUCAAGGCCUAAUUUAGAGGAUGAAUCUAUGUUUCCAUCGGCAGAAGAAGUACGUUAUUUAGAAGUACAACUCUUGAAACAGAAAUUAAGAGCUCAUCAACAAGAGAAUAAGACUAAAGCGUUACAUGCAGAAGUCAUACAAAACAUGGAGUUUAAGAUUUUAAAAGAGAAGCUUCGAGAAGCUAAAGCUAAAGCGGACUUAGCAGAGUUGUGCUUAAAAAGACAACAACGGUAAAGAAAUCUUAAGUGUAAUAUUUCAUAAAUUUCUGAUUGAUUGUUAUAAAAAAAAGAAAGUGCACAUUCCCAUAUUUAUUUGUAAAAUUUACUUAAUUAUGUUACUCAGUAGAUGCUGAUUUUAGACAUGGAUGACUCAUUAUUUCAGAUAAGUAUUAACAGAAGUAGAUUUGAUACUGUAUUCGUUCUUUCUUGUCAAACUGCUUCCAUCUUUAUAACCACUAUCCCUCUAUUUUCACAUCUCAGUACCAAACACCAUCACAAAUUUUUUUAAAAGCUGAACGACCAUUUUUCUACUUUUUUGUUCUUAUUCUAAGCAACUCCUAUCAAAUGUCAUCAUGUAUCAAUAUCAAUAUCACAUGACACAUUCUUCUUCUUCAGUAAAUUAUUAGUUUAAAAUGUUAUGCAUAAAAAAGUUGUGUAAGUACAGGAGCGAACUUGCUAUGGGCAUGAUAAUAUUUAAAUUAUAUUAAAAAUACAUAUAUUUAUCCAUACUUUUGUAUUAUUUAUUGUACACAAGUAAAACUGCAUUCAAUAAAUUUCCAUCAACAAUCUUGGUAACGUGUGUAUUAUGGCUGCACUCAACCAGGUUGAUAUAAUCCAGCCAAGCUCUGGUUUACGUCAACUUAGACUGAGGAAAUAAUCAAUAACGUUUAACUAAUGAAGUAUUACUACUAAUUGAACCAAAAACAACUAUUUAAUACCUAGUCUACAAGUCACCACAUUUUACAACCGUCAUAAAUCGCCAUCAAAACGAAAAUAAAAACAAAACGGUUACGAAAUGGUUCCCGGUCGAUUCCAAAUUUAAAUUUAGGCGCGAACACAGCGCGCUAAAACUAUAACAAACAGCCAGUGGUGAGUCAACAUUUAAAUAUAGAAUAUUUGAAUUAUAUCACCUGGCAACAUUAUCGCUUUGUGUAUUGACUUUGUUUCGUGUUUAUGAGAUUUUAGUCAACUAUGAAGUAACGGAGCUAUUAAGAAUCUGGAAAUAGUUUGUACGGAGUCAUUGUCUAUGCAGACUAGAAGAAAUUCAUCAUCUAGUUCCUAAACUUCCUUAAUUUAUUUAAUCUGACACAGAGUUUUGGAAGAUAAAUCGUCCCUUUUUAUUUUGCUGUAUCAUGUAGACGCAUUAUGCUGAAUACGCAUGCCUCUUGAUUGUUAAAAAUCAAGACAAACCACCCUGUCAUUCUCUCACAUUUGACAUCAUAAUUAUGAAACACUUCAUACUAAGCUUGAUAACAAACACUAGCUUCUGCCAGUAGCUUCGCCCGCAUGCCUAUGGGAUAAAAAGUAGCCUGUGUUAUCCCAGAUUAAAACCUACCCCUCUUCCAAAUUUCAUCCCGAUCCCUUCAGCCGUUUUGAC